CUCAAUCAUCUCUUGCACGCAUCACUGCUAUAGCGUCUGCCGCACGCACCCGUGUACCCCGUUUUGCACCCCUGUCACUGCCGUCGCGCGCGAUCGCCUGUCGCGCAUCAGUGCUGGGCGAAACGUGCAUUCAUCGCAGGUAUUUAACACAAUGAAGCUCUCCAUUGCCCUUUUGGCCUCCGGUGCCGCCGCUCUCGCGCCGAACGUUCAGCGUGCUACGCAGCUCGCUACCGCCGUGCCGAAGGCCCCGCUCGCUGCUGCGGCGGCCGUCGUUGCCGCUGCGCCCGCGCCGGCGCUGGCCGCGGGCCUCUCCUCCGGCGACCUCAUCCUGCCCGUCGGCGGCCUCACGCUCCUGCUGACCGGCGUCAUCGCGGGCAUUCUCGGAUACACGACGAUUGGCGACGGCCCGGCGAACCCCAAGAACCGGGGCUAGGCGAACGCACACGGCGCGGCCUAACGUCUCCAGGUUGAUCCUAAUGACCCCUCCCCGCGUUGCCCACCGCGCGGUUUUGCAAUACAUCCUUCUCGUGAGGAUCAAUCUGGCCCACAAGCUUGACCUGCG